AUUAAACUCUCAUCGGAGAUUUAUAAACUAUUAAGACACGAUUAUUAUAACAUUUCCUGGGAUUUUUUUCUGUGUUGUGCAAGAUGAUAAAGAAAAUGUUUGUUGUGAUUUUGAACUGUUUCUGGAGUCUAUCUGGUGUGUUUGGUAGUGAGUUUGUGUCAGUGAUGGAGGGAGAUUCGUUCACUUUAUCUGUCAGUCUCACUGAAACACAGAGAAAAGAGGGAAUCUCCUGGAAGUUUGGACCUCAUGAAAUCACCAUAGCUGAAAUUGAGGUUGGUGACAAUAACAUCCGUCCAUAUGAAGAUAGAGCUGAUAAAAGAUUCAAAGGCAGACUGAAGCUGGAUCACAGUGGAUCUCUCACCAUCACAAACACCAAAACCAAUGACUCUGGACUUUAUAAAGUGUCCCAAACCAGCACAGACAAACAACUCAGUGUAUUCAACCUUAAUGUCUAUGCUCCUCUUCCAGUUCCUGUCAUCACAAACGCCUCUCCAGAAAACACUUCAUCAUCAGAAAGAUCAAACUGUUCAUUGUUGUGUUCAGUGUGGAAUGUGACAGAUGUGAGUCUCUCCUGGUACAAAGGAAACAGUUUAUUGUCCAGCAUCAGUGUGAAUGAUGUCAACAUCAGACUCUCUCUACCUCUGGAGGUGGAUUAUGAGGAUACAAACACAUACAGCUGUGUGGCCCAACAUCCUUUAAGCAAACAGACUCAAGAUUACUGCCUAACUGAUCUCUGUAAGCAGUGUUCAGGUCUUCGUGACAUUGUUCUCAUCUGUUGUGCUGUUGGAUUUCUGAUGAUUGUAGCUGCAGUUUUGAUCUUCUGCAUCUGCAGGAAACUCAGAACUACAGCUAAUAAAUGUGAAGACACUGUAGAGGAUGAUAUCAAUUUUACAAUCCAUGAGGGACACAAUCAAGGGGAUGAUGAUAAUUUUACAACCUAUACGGAAGUUCCUGAAGUGGGUGCUUCAACCUAUGAGGGAGACAAUGAAGUGGAUGAUUCAGCCUAUGAGGGAGACAUUAAAGAAGAUGAUUCAAAAUAUCUGGUAUCUCACCAUAGAAACAGAUAUAACAUCAUCAUUUUGAAAUGUAUUUUCAUUAAUGCUUCAUACUAUAUUUAUGUAAUCAUGUUAAAGCUUGUGUGUUUUGUGUGUUUAUAUCUGUGCAGAGAAUUACUGAAGCGGAUGAUAACCAAUAUUCAACCUGCAAUGAUGAUCUUAACUACAGUAGCUCUGUUAACCAGCUUGAACAGGUCAAUUAUGUUGGCGAGGUUUUCUUUGUUACACAGACUCCCAAGUUCAACUUUAAAAGAUUAAAUAAAUAAUGUGUCUUACAGUAUUUCAAAAGUUGAGACAGAAGCAGACUGUGACAGAUAAGGUUGAGACCUUAACAGUCUAAAGUUUGUCUGAAGUAUCAGAACUUCCUGUGGAAUUGGGUCGGUAGUAGGUUAGUUAAGCCUAGUUUAUGUGUUUUAUUAUUAGCUUUAAAAGUGGAACUGGUUAAAUCCACAGACAUGGUAAAUGUUAAAAUGUGCUUUGCAGAAUGGAAAAUAUACUCUUCUUCGUGAAAUGUUUAAAGUGUGACUCUUUUCUUUUAUAAGAUAUAUGCAUGCCUAGCUUAAUAACAAAAAGCGCUUAAAGGUACUGAGAAACUCAAGAGAUGCAGCUAUCAAUUGGGGGACCUAACAGAGUCUGAACCUUGUGGUGAAAACUUCUCACUGUUAUUUUUGAAUGUUUACUUGGAAUUUGUUUAUUAAACUGUGACUAUUUGUAAUGGUGAUUCAUUAAACUUGUCAUAAAUAAGGUUCAGAGUGUAUUCAUGUAUUUAUAACAUUAUCUGAACCUGAAAAGGCCUUAACCACAACUAGAAUAUGGGUCGGACCAAAACAUUCAGGACUAUGCUGUAUGUAUCAAAACAUGCAUCUAUCUGUGGCAUAUUAACAUGUACUUACCCUAGCCAAAGGUCUCUGUGUGAAAAUCUCCUAAGAGCUUCAUCUUUCAACUCAUGUAUACAUUUGUGCAUAAAAUUUUUCUCAAACCUAAGUUGUAUGAAAUGAUGAUGACAAAACCGCCAACAUUUGUUUUUAAGACUGCAUGCAUGCAAAGGGAAUCACAAAAACUGUAUGCUUACUGUAAAACAAGUUUAUAUCAUUUAUAUCUACUAUAUAUCAUAC